AUGCAAUAUUACAACUUAGGUUGCAGAGAUUUUUACAGCUGCCGGAGAAGCUUUCUCACAUUUGGGCGAGUUAACAAUGCAGCUGCAUCCAUUGAAUAAUGACACUGCUGUGUCACCCUCAACAACAACUACAAGCAACAGUGGCAAGUGGGGAGAUGAAGAAAUUGAAAUGUUGAGAAGUGCAGUUAAGAGGUUUGGAGAUGACUUGAAGAAGAUCAGUGGGCAAGUGAAAAGCAAGUCUGUAGCACAAAUAAAAUCUGCAUUGAAGAGAAGGAUUCACGAACAGGAUAACUCUCCACUGAGUACACAAAAAACAAAGAGUAAAACUUCACAACAAACAUCUUUGAGCAGUGAACCCCAAAACAAAAAACGGAAAACAGUGCAAGAAUCAGCAAGCUCACAUGCUGAUCCACUGUCGUCAUUUUCAUCAGCCAUUCCAAGCACCACUGUACCUGUGACAGAUUUGCUGCCUGGAGGUUCUCCAUUAAAGGCUAAUGGUGCCUCUGAUAAUGAUGUAGAUAUUGUUGGAAUAUUUAGUAGUGGUGAUCAGGAUGCUGUCUUUCCUGUAAUGCCUGGAGCUUUAGGACCACUGGAAACCCAGAUUGCAGAUGAAAUUUUGUCUACAAUGUGAAUUACUGGUUUGCUUGUUUCUGUUUCUUCUAAAAAAGAGAAAUUGAACCCAUAAAUGUUGGUGAUACAUUUUUCUCUUGGGAUACAAAUGUGUACAGAGACAGUACCUUGUGAGAAAACGCACAUGGGCAUGGGGAGAGAUGGCUGGGUACCUUUGAUGUAGCAGUCUUUUAUUUUCAAAAGCUCUUCCUUUUUCUCUUUCCACCAGAAAGGAAUUGGCAAGACAAUUUUUAUCCUGGACAUUGUUGAUUUAACAUUGCUGAUUAUUGUAGUGUUUUAGCACAUGAUGUUAAGGAUAUAAAUUCACUUAGUGAGUAUAGCUGUUCAACACCUGGAUAAAAUUAUUUGUUUAGCUCUGAUUUUUUGAAGAAUGGAUAAUACUACCUAGUGAAUUAAUUACUAGUUGAUAGAUAGUGUACAAGUACAGUAGACUGUUUUCUUUGGCCUUUUUGCUGGAUAAGGAUCAAUCAGUUGGACAUCAUGUUGAACGACUGAAGAUAGUUGGACUACUAUGAACUGAUCAGUGCUAACAAACCAUACUAGGCAGGUAACCUCCCUCCCUCCUUGUAUACAGGGUUAUACUGGUAUAACCAAACACACCCAAAAAAGUAAAGAGUGCAACAUAACUUGAACUUUUAUAUCUUUAUUAUUUAUUUCUAAACUCCAUGUAUCUUUUAAUAUAAAAAUAAUUUUUUUUGUUGUUGUUUGAGUUGAUACUGUGAUUAUCGUUUUUUCAUUAUGAUACAUUUUACUCUUUAUAUAAAAUAGGAAAUUACUACAAAAAUAACUACCUUGUGAAAUAACUAUUAAGAGAAGCUGAUAAAAAUUUGAUUCACCUACUGGUAAAUUUGAAAAACAUUUAUUGUAACAUAUGGCUGGUUCAUCAUCACCAACAAUACUUUCAUUAUUGACAUCAACUCAGGUACAUGUUUUAGUUCUUAUUAACUGAGCAGGAGGUCUGCAUGGGAGAAUCUUGACCAAGGUCGCCAGUACAGACUG